AAAAGUGGGCUGUAACUUAAAGAUCUUAAGACUCACUAGAAAGGGAGGGGUUGUCCUGGAGGUGGGAGGAGCGAGUGUGGAGUUUAGGAGGAGACAGGGACUCAGGAGGGUGCAAGGAAGUGUCUUAGCGGAGCUGGGGUGGGACAGGGAAGGUACAGAGAAGCUGCCGGAGAAGCACAUCCUGCUAGGUCUGAGUUUCCAGAGGGGCUUGUUCUGCAUGCAGGCAAGGGCACCCUCAGACCUUCUCUUGCCUUGAGGGCACUAGCUGAGUUGGUGAUUCAGCUCUGGAGCUGGUGCCCCUGGGACCCGCUGCCUACCUUCACUCCCUUCACCAGUAUGGAAGAUGAUAGUUACAGCUACUAUGGGGCCGACAACCAGUCUGAAUGUGAGUACGAAGACUGGCAGUCCUCUGGGGCUCUCAUCCCUGCCAUCUACAUCCUGGUCUUUCUUCUAGGCACCACCGGCAAUGGCCUGGUGCUCUGGACUGUGUUUCGGAACAGCCGGGAAAAGAGACGCUCCGCUGACAUCUUCAUUGCUAGCCUGGCAGUGGCUGACCUGACCUUUGUGGUGACUUUGCCACUGUGGGCCACCUAUACCUACCGGGGAUUUGACUGGCCCUUUGGAACUUUCGCUUGCAAGCUCAGCAGCUACCUCAUCUUCGUCAACAUGUAUGCCAGUGUCUUUUGCCUCACCGGCCUCAGCUUCGACCGAUACCUGGCUAUUGUCAGGCCAGUGGCCAAUGCUCGACUUAGGCUGAGGGUCAGCGGGGCUGUGGCCACAGCGGUCCUCUGGGUGCUGGCUGCCCUUUUGGCUGUGCCUGUGAUGGUGUUCCGUUCCACCGCUAACAUGGAAAACAGCACCAAGGUCCAGUGCUACAUGGACUACUCCAUGGUAGCUACCUCAAACUCAGAGUGGGCCUGGGAGGUGGGCCUUGGGGUGUCAUCUACCGCCGUAGGCUUUGUGGUGCCCUUCACCAUCAUGCUGACGUGUUACUUCUUCAUUGCCCAAACCAUCGCUGGCCAUUUCCGUAAGGAGCGCAUCGAGGGCCUGCGGAAGAGGCGCCGGCUGCUCAGCAUCAUCGUGGUACUGGUGGUGACUUUCGCCCUGUGCUGGAUGCCCUACCACCUGGUGAAGACGCUCUACAUGCUGGGGAACUUGCUGCACUGGCCCUGUGACUUUGACAGCUUCCUCAUGAAUGUCUUUCCCUAUUGCACGUGCAUCAGCUACAUCAACAGCUGCCUCAAUCCCUUUCUCUACGCCUUUUUUGACCCUCGAUUUCGCCAAGCCUGCACCUCCAUGCUCUGCUGUGGUCAGAGCAGGUGCAAAGGCACCCCUCACAGCAGCAGCGGGGAGAAGUCAGCCAGUUAUUCUUCUGGGCACAGCCAGGGUCCUGGCCCCAACAUGGGGAAGGGAGGAGAGCAGAUGCAUGAGAAAUCCAUUCCCUAUAGUCAAGAGACCCUUGUGGACUAGGACUGGGACCAGAGAGAAGCCUGGUGCCUUGGGUCUGACCCAGACUUUACCCUCAUGCUCUGAAAACCAGGUAGCACGGCUGUACCUCCUCCCUGAUCCCUGGCUCCUUUCCCUGUUCCCUGCCUCCAAGCUCUGUCUUGCUCCCCCUCUUCCCAGAAGUUUGUGGUUUAGCAGGAAGAGAUGGAGCCUUGCAAACAGACUUGUCCUCAGCUGUUCAAUAUUCCUGAGGCUGACCUUGCACAAGUCUCCUAUUCUCUCUAAGCCUCAGUUUCUCUGUUUGUAUUAAAUGGGGGAAAGUUAUAUGGACCCUAAAACGUUGA